AAUGGCAAUAGAUCCAAAUUCUCACAAAAUUGUUUUAGACAUUAAAUACCUUCUUCACCAGGAAUUUCAAAAUUUUACUUUGGAUGGGGAUUUUAAUUUCAUGGAUGAAAAUGUUCCAAAUGGAAUAUUUUUCUAUCAUGAUGCUAAAUAUGAUGUAAACAGAAAAAGCUCUUUAAAAUUAUUUUCAAAAUGGCAUGAAACCCAUAAUGGAGAGGGAAAAUUUACUUUAAAGAUAUUUCAACCAGAAAUAUUGUGUUCUGUUCAAUUUGUUCGUGAAACCUGUGUUUUUAAGUACGAAGAAAACUGUAGUAUUUACAAAAUUCCAUUGAAUAAUGUUGAAAAUUUUAAAAAAUGUUCUGUGGUUAUUAAAUUCAAAGUUAAACAUGAUAGAAUUCAUUCUUUAAGAAUUGGAGCAUUCAACAUACAAAAAAAAGAUUUGGGUGAAAAUGAGGAAGUUAAAAAUCAAUUUAAAAAAACAGUUAAAAGUUUUGAUCUCCUUCUCUUACAAGAAGUAGCAAAAGACAAAAAGAAACUUCCAAAUUUUUCCGAGAUUUUGAGGUCUAUAAAUACAGAAUUAGUAUCAAAUGGAGAAUCUCCAUAUUACGCAUUAUUUGGCAAGGAAUACCACAAUUGUGAAAGAUAUUUCCUUCUCUAUAAUACAAAAUACCUUGUUUGUUCUAAAUUCGUCCAGAUAAGGAGGCUAAAGGAAAAUAUCCCAACUUUUGGAGAAUUAUCUAAACUUUUAAAAAUUCCUGAAGAAUUAGAGGAAACAGAGAAUGAUACAGAUUUUAUUAUUGGUGGAGAUUUAAACUGGUCAGCAAGUUACUGUUCUGCAGAGGAUAGAGCCCUCUUGGACAAUAUGUUAGAAACCACAAAUAUUAUACAAUGUACUCCAAAAGUUGGAACAAAUAAGGGAAAAAACAAAGAGUACGACAGGUGA